UUAAAAUAUAUCUCAUGGCUAAACCAAUAUGGGUUCCUCUAGUAAUUUUUUGCGUCAUGUUUAUAUUUCCAUUGGCCCAAGCAAAUGUCCCAGCUAUUUUCAUACUGGGUGACUCCACUGCUGAUGUUGGGACCAACAAUUUCUUGCCACAUAGUGGUAACAGGGCAAACUUUCCCUACAAUGGGAUCGAUUUUCCUCAAUCAAUCCCCACUGGAAGGUUUAGUAAUGGCCUUAACAGUGCUGAUUUUCUUGCCAAGCUACUCGGUUAUGAGAAAAGUCCACCACCCUUUUUGUCUCUCAACUUUAAGUCUCUUCUCAAGAACUUCACAGGUGCUAACUUUGCCUCUGGUGGGUCUGGCAUUCUUGACAUAACUGGCCAAUCAAACGUAAGCAUAACAAAGCCUGGAAAAGGUCAAAAUCCAUCAGAUUACUUAAACAAGAAUCAUAAGAAUGUCAUCCCACUUGGAGAACAGAUAAGGCAAUUUUCCUCUGUUAGGCGCAAACUUAUCGCUAUAAAAGGUCGAAAAGCAGCUAUGAAGUACAUCUCCGAGUCUCUGUACUUCCUCAGCAUUGGUAGCAACGAUAUUUUUGGUUAUUUUCAUUCACAAAGUUCCAUACCCAAGUCUGAGUUCUUGUCCAGUUUAAUAUUCGCUUAUCAAAAGCACUUAAAGAGUUUAUUGAACCUCGGGGCGAAGAAGUUUGGCAUUAUUAGUGUCCCCCCAAUUGGGUGUUGUCCCUCUCAGAGAGCUUUUAACGAAACUGGUGGGGGCUGUUUGGAAGAAUUGAACCAACAUUCUGAAGAUUUUCAUGUCAUGUUGGGGGCUCUUUUAAACAACCUUAGCUCAGAGUGUAAGGACAUGAAAUACUCACUUGGAAAUGCAUUUGAGAUGACAAUCAACAUAAUAAAAAACCCAACUCCAUUCAAUUUCACGGAAGUAAAAGCUCCAUGUUGUGGAGAUGGAGAAUCCUUUUGUAUUCCACAUGCUAAGCUUUGUCCGAAUCGGCACGAAUACCUGUUCUGGGAUUUGUUUCACCCCACAGAAACUGCUUCUGAAUUAGCUGCUGUAACCCUUUUUAGUGGUCCCCCAAGCUUUGUAUAUCCUAUUAAUUUUGCUCAAUUGGCUGAGAUUUAGAAGACAAAGCAAAGACCUUUUGCCUUAUUAAAAGGAUCAAUUACUUCCCAUUUAGUAAACUACUUUAUAAAGUAGUAAA